AUGCUUGUUUACACUGGUUUGAUUGAGCAAUUGCAGCAUUUCUUCAAGUUCAAGAAAUCGGCUAUUGCAACAUCUGCAAGUACUGGUGCAGCGGUUUCCUCUGUGACAGAAGGUGAAGAUGAAAGUGGGAAUCUAGAAGGCUGGGAAUUGGUUAUGAAAGAGCGACUCUCAAACAUAAAAGAGCUACUCAGUUUCCCCAAGGAAAUGCUUUCCUGGCUUGAUGACAUUAAUUCUGCUAGUGAUUUGCAGGAGGCCUUUGAUAUUGUUGGGGUUCUGCCGGAGGUUUUGUCCGGUGGAUUCACUCGGUGUGAAGACUUUGUGCAGGCUGCAAUCAAUGCAGGGAAAAGCUGA